ACCCCCUGUUUCUAUGCACCUCACAAACAUCAUCAACAAAAAUCCACCCAGAUCCCCCAAAUGGAAAACCCAAUUCACAGUUUCAAUUUGUAAAUCUCCAACCCUUAAACAACUUCUCCGCCAUGGCAGCGAACUCACCCACCACCACCACCAGGAAAGAAGGCCAAUUUCUCCUCCUUGGCCGUUACGAGAUCGGAAAACUUCUCGGCCAUGGCACCUUCUCCAAAGUCUACCUUGCUCGCAACGUUAAAACCAACGAAUCUGUCGCCAUUAAAGUCAUCGAUAAGGAACAGAUCUUGAAAGGCGGUUUAAUCUCUCAUAUUAAACGUGAGAUCUCCAUCCUCCGCCGUGUCCGCCACCCAAACAUCGUCCAACUCUUUGAGGUAAUGGCAACAAAAGCCAAAAUAUAUUUCGUUAUGGAAUAUGUUAAAGGCGGUGAGUUGUUCAAUAAAGUUGCUAAAGGUAGAUUAAAAGAAGAUAUCGCUAGAAAUUAUUUCCAACAACUGAUUUCUGCUGUAGGGUUUUGUCAUGCUCGUGGUGUUUUCCAUAGAGAUUUAAAGCCUGAGAACAUAUUACUAGAUGAAGAUGGUAAUUUGAAGGUCUCCGAUUUUGGGCUUAGUGCCAUUUCUGAACAAAUCAGAGGCGAUGGUUUGUUUCACACCUUCUGUGGGACGCCAGCGUACGUCGCACCGGAGGUUUUAGGAAGAAAAGGGUAUGAAGCCUCCAAGGUUGAUAUUUGGUCUUGUGGGGUGAUUUUGUUUGUGUUAAUGGCUGGUUAUUUACCAUUUAAUGAUCAGAAUGUUAUGGUUAUGUAUAAAAAGAUUUACAAAGGGGAAUUCCGGUGUCCACGGUGGUUCUCACCGGAGUUAUCCCGGCUGCUAAAACGUUUGCUUCACACCAACCCAGAAACCAGGAUCACCAUCCCGGAGAUCAUGGAGAACCGGUGGUUCAAGAAGGGGUUUAGGCAUAUCAAAUUUUAUUUUGAUGAUGAUAAGAUUUGUAGUGUGAAGGAUGGCGAGAUUGAAGCAGAUGGAAUUGACUACGCAUCUGAUCAUUCUUCGUACCUUGAAUCGCCGACUGAAAUCGAUACCCGAAAGCGGCUCGUGAGCCUGCCUAGACCGGCUAGUUUGAAUGCAUUCGACUUGAUUUCGUUCUCUCGUGGGUUCAGUUUAUCUGGGCUGUUUGAGGAUGGAGGAGAGGAGUCACGGUUCGUAUCCGGUGCAUCGGUUCCUAACAUCAUUUCGAAGCUCGAGGAGAUUGCAAAAGUGGUCAGUUUCACGGUCCGCAAGAAGGAUUUCCGGGUUAGUUUGGAAGGGUCACGGGAAGGCGUGAAAGGUCCGUUGACGAUCGGAGCUGAAAUUUUCGAAUUAACGGACGAUAUAAGAGUGGUGGAAGUUAAAAAGAAAGCAGGAGACAAAGAGGAAUAUAACGAGUUUUUCGAUCGUGAACUCAGACCCGGACUGCGAACACUGAUGUUGGCGGAGUCCGUCUGUGGCCAACCCUCCGAUUUGCCCUCUGAUACUGAAUAACUCAAGCCAAAUGGCUCGGGCCUAUUUGACUAUGGUUACACCAAGGUGCACCUUAACUUGAGUAGAAUGUGGCAAUUUCUGGGAAAGACGGGUCUUGAUUCGAUUAUGUAAUAUAUGUUCGAGUUCUAUUCUUCCCGUACAUCAAAACUUUAAAUAACCCUUGUGGAUUUUCAUGCAAAUCUGUAUGUUGGAUUGUUACUUUCUCGAGUUUUGCAACUUGUUUUACUAUAAGUAGAAAUCUCGUGUUGUCUUUUUGAAUAAUCAAGAUGUCGUUUUUG